AUGGGACGAGCUGAAGCUGGUACUCCAAAGGCCAUAUCAAACGCUUUAAAGAGCAAAGGAUUGCAGCGUUUACGCUGGUAUUGUACUGCUUGCCAGAAACAAAUGAGAGAUGAAAAUGGAUUCAAAUGCCAUACGCAAAGUGAAGGACAUAUCCGAAGAAUGUCUCUCAUUGCUGAGAAUCCUGGUAAACACAUCCAAGAUUUUUCCAAUCAAUUUUUGCAGGAUUUCGUUUCGCUCCUUCGAACGGCUCACGGGGAAAAGAAAGUUCAAUUUAAUAAAUUUUAUCAAGAAUACAUUCGAGAUAAGAAUCACGUGCAUAUGAACGCGACUCGCUGGCAUACUCUGUCAGAGUUCUGCAAGUUUUUGGGCCGGCAGAGCAUUUGCCGUGUGGAAGAAACGGAAAAGGGCUUUUUUAUUUCUUACAUUGAUAAGAACCCUGAAUCCCUUCGUCGAUCUGAAGCGAACCGUAAAAGAGAACUCCAAGAAAAAUCAGAGGGAGAGACUCAUUUACGGUUACUAAAUGAACAAAUUCAAAGAGCAAAGGAAGCUUACACUAGGCAACAUGAAGAAGAAGAGAAGCAGCCCGUAAGUCAUGAACUACAGCGACCUGAAAAUCAAGGCGUUCAUUUGCAGUUGUCUUCAACUCAUCCAUCGACGAAUGAAAAGCCCUCUUUAAGCAGUGGCUCCUCUUCUGUUGCUCCCAAUUUAAAGGCUCCUACAAUUCCAUCGUCUAAACCACUCUUUUCAGUGCCUUCUAAGCCAAGGUCGAAGAACGUGUUUGCUACGUUGAACAAAUUUCAAAAAAAGACACCAGAGUCACCUGAAAAUACUCCCAAAAAAGAUAACAAUUCCAAACGUCCUCGUUCAGCAAUGGAGGAAAUUAUCAUGCAAGAGACUGCACGAGAGAAGCGAAAACAUGUGUCUACCUAG